GGCGGCUGAGGGAGGAAGGCCCAGCGGCCGGGCUGCCAUGGCGGCCUCCUGCGCGGAGAUUUUGCGGAGGGAGUUCCCGGAACUCGACGGAGAGAUGUUCGAAUACGUGACCGGGGUCCUGCAUAGCGGCAGCUCAGAUUUUGAGUCGGUGGAUGAUCUGUUUGAAGCUGUGGGUGAGCUCUUGCAAGAUGUGUCCCGCGACUCCAAAGAUGAUGUGGACAUCCGUGCAGUCUGCCAGCGUAUGUUCAACACCCUUCACCUGGAGAACGAAAACUCUCCGAGCAGCAGGCAGGUGCUCCUGGAUGCCCCAAUUCAGCUUUCUAAGAUCGCUGACAGUUAUGAUUCUAACUUGGACCUGUUGCCAGGAUUGCUGUUGAAGAGAGAUCAGACCUCGAUGGUGAAUGCCAAAAAGCUGGAGAAAGCCGAGGCCCGCCUUAAAGCAAAGCAAUGCAAGAAGCAGGAGCGAGAUUCCGUCAAAUCUGGGAGCCCGUUGGUUCUUGAAGAAGCAUCUGCCAGCCAAGCUGCCAGUAAGAAAGAGAACCGCCUAGAGAUGUCAGGCAAGAACAAGUCCUACGAUGUGCGCAUUGAAAACUUUGAUGUGUCCUUCGGUGAGCGGGUCCUCCUCACAGGUGCAGAUCUGAACUUGGCCUAUGGACGGCGCUAUGGCUUGGUAGGCCGGAAUGGGUUGGGCAAGACCACGUUGUUGAAGAUGAUCGCCAGCCGUAAUUUGCGCAUCCCCUCGCAUAUCAGCAUUCUUCACGUGGAGCAAGAAGUGGCAGGGGAUGAUACACCAGCCCUGCAGAGCGUGCUGGAAUGUGACACGGUUCGUGAGGGCCUGCUGAAGGAGGAAAAGGAGCUGACUGCCCGGGUUAAUUCUGGAAGGGGAGUAGGCACAGAAGGCGCUCGACUGUCAGAAAUCUAUGCCAGGCUAGAAGAGAUUGAGGCAGACAAGGCCCCAGCAAGAGCGUCUGUUAUUCUGGCUGGGCUGGGUUUCAGUGCAAAGAUGCAACAACAAACAACCAAAGAGUUUUCAGGAGGUUGGAGAAUGAGACUGGCUUUGGCUCGUGCCCUUUUUGCCCGGCCUGACCUUCUCCUGCUUGAUGAGCCAACCAACAUGCUGGACGUGAGGGCGAUCAUCUGGCUGGAAAAUUAUUUGCAGACUUGGCAGUCCACCAUCCUUGUAGUGUCGCACGAUCGGAACUUCUUAAAUGCCGUGGCUACAGAUGUCAUCCACCUGCACUCACAGCGGCUUGACAGUUACCGUGGGGACUUUGAGAACUUUGUCAAGAUCAAGGAAGAACGGCUGAAAAACCAGCAGCGUGAAUACGAGGCCCAGCAGCAAUACCGGGAGCAUAUCCAGGUCUUUAUCGAUCGAUUUCGCUAUAAUGCAAACCGGGCGUCUCAAGUUCAGAGCAAGCUAAAACUGUUGGAGAAGCUGCCAAAACUGAAACCAGUGGACAAAGAAUCUGAGGUGAUAAUGAAGUUCCCAGAUGGCUUUGAGAAGUUUUCUCCUCCCAUCUUGCAGCUUGAUGAAGUGGACUUUUACUAUGAGCCCAAUAGCUAUAUCUUCUGCUCCCUCUCUGUCUCUGCUGACCUGGACUCCCGCAUCUGUGUGGUUGGAGAGAAUGGAGCUGGCAAAUCUACCAUGCUGAAGAUCCUGAUGGGAGACCUAGCACCUGUGCAAGGGAUUAGACAUGCUCACAGAAAUCUUAAAAUUGGCUAUUUCAGCCAGCAUCAUGUGGAUCAGCUGGAUUUGGACAUUAGUGCCACAGAGCUACUAGCAAAAAAAUUUCCAGGGAAGACCGAGGAAGAGUACCGCCAUCAGCUGGGGUGCUAUGGAGUCUCUGGAGAGUUGGCUGUCCGCCCUGUUGCCAGCCUGUCGGGGGGACAGAAGAGCAGAGUGGCUUUUGCCCAGAUGACCAUGCCUUGUCCCAAUUUCUAUAUACUGGAUGAGCCAACAAACCACCUGGACAUGGAGACCAUUGAAGCUCUCGCAAAAGCACUCAACAAAUUCCGGGGCGGCUUGAUCCUGGUUUCCCACGAUGAAAGGUUCAUCCGGUUGGUGUGCAAGGAGCUGUGGGUGUGCGGGAACGGCACUGUUCAGCGUAUUGAGGGAGGCUUUGAUGAGUACAGAGACAUCUUGCAGGAGCAGUUCCGGAAGGAAGGUUUUCUAUAAAGCCAGGAGUGCCCAGACUGCGUGCGUGAGCUGGUGGGGAGCACACCACACAGCAGCCCUCCGCUUGCCCGACAGGGUCGCAGGGGAUUCCACUGCCAUUGGGUGAACAUUGGCUGUGCCAUCUGCUGAGCUGACCUUCCUUCCCCAAGAAACCAGCAUCUGCUGGGGACUGCAGAAGAGAGGAAGAAAGGAACCGAGUCGCCAAUUCUGCUGCUCGAUCUGUGCCACGUCUCUGCUGGGCAGGGACCGAAGGACCGCAAAGGGAGAGGUGGGGGCAUCCAGGGCUGUUUUAGUGGAGGGGCAGUUGGGGUGGGGAGGAGAAGCUGCUGCUCCCAGUAGCCCCUUCUCUCCCCCUGCCUGUUUGUAGAGCCGAACCCACUGCCGAGGAAUGUAAGAAGGCUUCUGGGUGUCGGAUGCUGCUAGAUGUUGCACAUGCAGUAGCUCCUCCCAGAAACGGGGCGGAGCUCCAAACCAUCCCUUUGACGCUGGCAGGGUGAGGACCCUUCCUUUCCUUCCCCCUGCCUUUUGUGAAGAGGUGCGGCCCCUCCAAGCACCACUCGAGCGCACAAGCCAGGUUCUCUUGAAACGGCUUCUCUCUCCAUGGCGUGGCCUCAAAGGUCCCUUUCUUUCCCACUCAGAAGGUGAUGCUUUCUGUAUGCUGAUAGGAGACCCUCCUCACCACUGCUCUCAGAUGUGAUCUUGAAAUGAGGUAGACGCAGUACAGACAGUCCCACGAUGCAGCGUGCCGGGUGGUGGAAAUGCAGCAGCUUCUCCUCUUCUGCCAGAAGGUGGUGGCCGUGGCUCUUCUGUUUGGGGGCUUAUCGCUAAAAGUGGCCCACGUGCCCACAUUAGUCUCCCGAGUCUCGAAAGGCCUACACUCCUUGUAGGACUAAGUUCUAUCCCAGCUAACGCACCACGUCUUGAUAAUAACAUUAAGGGGUUUUACAUUGCAACAUACACUUUCAACCCCCUGUUCAUCAGCACUGAGAUCACUGUGUAAAUAAAAUGGGAUCUCUCUGGUCUUGGA